AUGCCACGUACCUAUAUUCGAAAGAAAACACCUACUUAUUCAAUUGCUGAUUUAAAACUAGCAUUAGAUCUUAUUGGUGAUGGUAAAACAACAGUAAUUGAAGCAUCUAACAACUAUCGUAUACCUAUUGCAACUCUUUAUUCACGGCUGUCUGGUAGUCGUGGUGGUAACCCAUGCGGAAACAAAAUAUUGUCGGAUGGUGAAGAAAAAUUUCUUAUACAUGUAAUACAUAAAUUUCAAGAGUGGCAACAUCCAUUAACAAGAUCGGAUUUUACAUCUAUAGCACGUACAUUUAUGAUUGAGAUGAACAAAAAGAAAAUUACAGAAGAUUCAUUAGAAUUAUCAAAUAUUGUAUGGACAAUGAUAUCAAAUCUAUUCAGGAACCACUUGUUACCUUCUCAUUGUGCUGGUGGUUUUUCAAAAGCUGGUGUUUAUCCUUUUGAUAAACGUACCUCUUCCUUACUAUUCGAUGCUAUGAAGACAUUGUAUCCUGAUUUUGAUCAAUCACCAGUUCCAGAUCCGAUGAUUUUUCAAAAUCAUGCAUCAUCUAAUACUACUGAAUUAGAUGAUACUUUUACACAAAAACCAGAUAUUAAUUACAAUACAAAUAGUAGCAACAACAAAGAUAGCAACAAUCACAAUAGUUUUGAACGUGAAACAAAAUAUCGUAUUGGUUCUAGCACACAACCAUUAUCAACAGUUGCAUAUUUAGAAACAUCGGAUUAUUCAGUGGUCGAUGCUAUUACAGUUGCCAUCAAGAACCACAUGACACCAACUGUAGUAGCAACGAAAGGAACAAAGAGAAAAAUAGAUCGUCCUUAUGGUGAAAGCAUUACCAGCGUUGAUGCCUAUAUGAAAAUUAAAAAGAAAGAAACUACGCGAGUAAAAAGAUCCAACAAAGAAAACUUACAGCCAAAAACAAAAACUAUAGGUACACGUCAAAGGAAGAAAAAAGCGCUUCCUGAAAAUCCAGUAGCCAACAAUGUUUAUAUGAAUGUUCCACAUGUUGAUCAAUUAGCAUUAAACAAUGCCUCAUUUCAACCUUAUCCACAACAAAUAAGCUAUAACUCGUCGUUGACGGCUACAACAUCACCAACAUAUACUACAAUGCUUAAUUACAAUAUGAGUCAUUCAUACGCACCAGGUGUAUAUGAAAAUCCAACAAAUUGGCACCUUAAUGAAUAUAGAUCUUGUUAUAAAUGCAACAACACCAUUCACUUCAAUACAGAACAAGUUUCUCAAUGUAUAACAUGUGAUCGAUUAUGUUGCGCUACAUGCAUGUAUCAUAAUCCAUUUCUAAUGAAUUCAUAUUUAAAAUGCGAAUAUUGUGCGUUAAAUGACGCACUGCAUACAGCACGAUAA